CCCCCCCCUCCCCUCCGGCUCGGCCUGCUGGUCCACCCCGCUCCCGUCCGGGGGGGGCCCAAGCCAUGUCGGAUUUUGACAGCAACCCCUUCGCCGACCCGGAUCUCAACAACCCCUUCAAGGACCCAUCAGUUACGCAAGUGACUAGAAAUGUUCCCCCAGGACUGGACGAGUACAAUCCAUUCUCCGACUCCAGAACACCACCCCCAGGAAACUCAAAAAUUCCUAAUGUACCUAGCACGCAACCAGCCAUCAUGAAGCCGACAGAAGAAGCCCCAGCUUAUACACAAAUUGCAAAGGAACAUGCCUUGGCUCAAGCUGAGCUGCUGAAACGUCAGGAAGAGCUAGAAAGAAAAGCAGCGGAAUUAGAUCGCAGAGAAAGAGAGAUGCAGAGCCUCAAUCAGCAUGGUGGCAGAAAAAAUAAUUGGCCACCACUUCCUGGGAACUUUCCAGUGGGGCCUUGUUUCUAUCAGGACUUUUCUGUUGACAUCCCUGUAGAGUUUCAAAAGACAGUCAAGAUUAUGUACUACUUGUGGAUGUUCCAUGCAGUCACACUGUUUCUAAAUAUCUUCGGAUGUUUGGCCUGGUUUUGUGUUGAUCCUGCACGAGGGGUUGAUUUUGGAUUGGGUAUCCUCUGGUUCUUGCUUUUUACUCCUUGCUCAUUUGUCUGUUGGUACAGACCACUUUACGGAGCUUUCAGGAGUGACAGCUCUUUCCGAUUCUUUGUGUUCUUCUUUGUGUAUAUCUGUCAAUUUGCUGUUCAUGUACUUCAGGCUGCCGGAUUUCACGGGUGGGGCAACUGCGGUUGGAUUUCAUCUCUUACCGGUCUCAACAAGAGUAUUCCUGUUGGCAUCAUGAUGAUAAUUAUAGCAGCACUUUUCACAGCCUCUGCCGUCAUCUCACUAGUGAUGUUUAAAAAGGUGCAUGGACUCUACCGUACCACGGGGGCUAGCUUCGAGAAAGCCCAGCAGGAGUUUGCGACUGGCGUGAUGUCCAACAAAACUGUACAGACUGCCGCAGCCAAUGCCGCAUCAACGGCAGCCACCAGUGCAGCUCAAAAUGCUUUCAAGGGCAACCAAAUCUAAGGGAAUCUGUAAUCGGCGCUACCGGUACUUUGUAUCUUUUUUUCAUCUAUUUUUUUUUCUGUCCUAUCCCCCCCUCCUCCGGCACAACCGUUCCUUUACUGCGUCCUUCCAUUCUCCGGUUACCGUGUCCACUGAAGAUUUUCCUUUGCAAAAUACAUACCGCAUGUAUGUUUCUCUUUCACCUGUGCAUGGGCUAAAAUCGGGGAAAAAGUUGUUUCUAUUACCGAAUUGUUUUCUUGAAACAUUUCACCGCCCCUUGGAAAGACAAAAAAAAAAAAAAAAUAACGAGGGGCUAAAUAAAUAGUCUCCGUCCUUGCCGGAGGAUGAAUGUUUCAGCGGAGUUAUUUAGUUAUUUCAACAGUGGGACCCUGAGAUUGACACGGACUCUUAUUUCGAUUCAGAAGGCAUUUCGCUACUGGCUGCCGCAGUUCCUUCUGAAAUCUUGAAUUCGAUCUAAGAAACGCACGUUGGAGCAAUUGAUCCUCCUUUCCUAACUGCCUCUCUGUCUAAGGAGCAGAGCAGGGUAAAGUCCUGGGAAUUUAAAUCGGUCUCUCUUGCAGUUUCAGACAUGUGCGUGUUUAGGAUAGUUUAACACUCGUAUCGUUUUAUUUUUAAUUCUUAGGACAGAGUUUUGAUAUCAGUCUGUAAGGACAAAUUUAUGAUAUCGAUCUGUACGGACAGAUUUAGGGUAUCAAUCUAAACUCGCAUGAAAUUUUAUGGAGUUACUGAAAUUUAAUUGAACUAGCAUUUUAGUUCAGAAUUAAUCUGUAUCUGAAUUACUGGAUUUUUUGGUGUGUGAAUAUAUAUAUAUAUAGAUUUUGUUUCUAUGGGGGUAUUUUCCUUCUAGAUAAAAAAUUACUUAGGCACCAACACUCUAAGUUACUGCAAUGUGCAGUGCAGUGUGGUUCAAAGAAAUUUAAUUGAUGGAAUAUGAUUGUGAUUUUCAGUAUUCCUGCCUUGGAGAAAAGAUAAUAGAUAAAUCAUUGGCCCAAUUUUGUAGCAAGCCUUUCUGACCCCUUAAAUGAAGUGAAAUUUCGAUUGUGUUUGGGGUUUUUUUCAAGUGUGAAUUGUGUUUUAAUGGUGGAAUUAACUUUCUAGUCUAGCAUUGUAAAUCAGUCUGUUUACCUCCUGUCCCCAAAUUUGAACAACAGUGUUUAUUUUUCCUUGAGGAAUUAUCCUCUCUAACUGAAACAUUUUAGACAGUGGCACUUCAACCCUACUUGAAUUCCGUUUAACGCACCCAGCCUUUUGCUCUGAGACAAACUGAACGACAAAUGCCAUUUGACCUUUGAGCAGCAUAAAAUAUAUACAUUUUCAGCUUGAACUGAACCAGGGAAUACAGUUCCAAUUAAACCCUCUGACUGUAAAUGUGUAACGUUUAUAACCAUUCUCCAGAGGAAUUCAUUGCAGUAGUGUGCUUUUGGUUCUGAGUAUUUUAGGUCCUCUUUAACAGGCUUGUUGGAAAGUCAGACUCUGGUCCCGCAUUGCCUUUUGGAAAACAUUAUGGUGGAGGAAAAUUCUUGGAAGCUAUAAUGUGGAUUAAUUGGAUUCUUACAAAGACCUGUUGCCACGAGUGUGCGUCUUUGAAUUCUCAUUUUCAGUAUCAGAUUGCCGUUGGUAGACGACCAGCCGGUGAAGUGAUUAAUAUGUAUUAAUUUGGGUUAAUACCCAAAAUUAUGCCUCUGGUCUGAGUGGUGGAACUUCAGAAUUAAGGUGUCCACUGAGAGGGGUGGCUCCUCAGGUUAUUUUUUUUCCAUUGGAUUUCCUUGGAAAAGCAGAAGGUUUUGCCUGGAGGAGGCUUCCCUACCUUUUCUCAGAAAACUGUAGCUUAUGCUCCAGAGUUAAGAAUUCUUUUCUACAGCAGUAAUAGCUGCUUAGCCACAAUCUUUUAAAAGUAUCUUCAGAGUUGUGUCAUUGCUAUUUAAGAUAGACUUCAAAAAAACUGGCUUAAUUUUUGGCUACGAAUGGUUAUCAGUGUCUGCUCACGUUGACUUUUGUAGAGAAAUGGCAUAAGCUUAUUAAGAGCUAUCGACUCCUUAUUCCAAAGCCCUUUUUAUUUUUCCUUUAAAAUGAAGGGAAAAAUUUCCCAAGAGUUGGGUCUGAACUAAUAUUUUUUUCUUCCCUUGAGCUUGAGGAUAUAUGUACAGACGUCUUCAUUAAGAUGGAGUUGGGUAGUAUUCAUAGCUGAGUCAUAAGGGAAAGUGGUCUUGAGCCUUAAUUAAACAAUUAUACUUUGCCUCUCUCCAGGAGCAACCAGUACAUUUUCCUGGGUUUGCUUUGAGAGCAGAAGGCUGGUGUUUGUUAAAUAUUUUUUUACUUCAAGACAAAAUCAGCCAGGUGUUGCCAUCAUACACUGUUAACCUACUACACGCCCAUUGAAUGUUGUAGUGUGAAACUGCGGCUAAUUUAUUUUCCGAGGAAAGUUCUUAACACUGGAAUGUCAAUGCCCAGUGAUGUGUAAUUCAGGCCUUGGCUCAUUCAUCGGAGGGGUGUUUGUAUAUUUUGUAAAUGAUUGACGAUGCUCUGCCAUCAUGGUGAAUGUCAUGGUUCUCUCUAAAUGCACCUCCCCACUGUCCCUCUGUCGCAUGUUGGAGUAGUCCGCGAGUUUUGUAUAUUUAUUGUAUUAACACAGAGUGUCAUAAAAUAAAAAUCUGUUUACUGGA